CGAACACUGCACGAUUGACUCGAACAAAUCGCCAUGUCAUCGCGUAAGGACGAGCUUCUGGCAAAGAAGGCUCGCCUAGCUGAACUCAGGCGUCAAAAGGCUCUACGGGAGGAGCAAUAUGCCUCCUCCCGGCAGAGCAUUGGAGAAGCUCAUUCACCGGGCAAGACCGCAGACGAGAGAAGAGCCGAAAUCGACGAGUUCGUUUCGAGACUGAUCGAUGGAAAAAGAGAUUCACCUGCAUCGCCACGAAGAAGCCGGCCGCGUUCGUUGCAAGGCACGGGUCAGAUCACUCCGCAAGAUGAAGUCGAGCCGUCGCCCAAGAGGCUGAUGGUGUCAAUGUCAACACAAACCGAAGACAACGAUGAACCCUCUAGUGCUCAUGAGGAUACUGCAGCGGUUCAUGAGACUGCGCCCCCAAAAAAGGAGUACAUAACCUAUGCGAAAGGCGUUCAGACUGAACCCUGGUUGGAUGAGAAUACAAAGGCUCAGGACGGAUCGGAAGACGAUGAUAUCCAAGUUCGCGGCGAGAGACAGCGUAGUCGGAGGGACUUCGAAACAGAGGAAGAAAUUCGACAGAAGUUGCGGAAGGAAAUAGAGGAGGAGUUGACGGCGACCUUUAAUCGGGAACCGGCUCAUCCCCAAUCACCAAACUCCCAACCUCGAUUCCCAUUACGGACGCUCAACGACAAUGAGUUCAAUGCUGUUGUCGCAUCUUCAGAAUUUGUAUCAUUUGUCGAGAGGUCGUCCAAAGUAAUUGAACGAGCUCUUGACAUGGAUGACGAGUACGACCUACUGGCGGACUAUACUCGAACCUCCAUGUUAGAUGACGACGACGAUGACAGUACGCCAUAUUCACGAACCAGCAAAAAGUCCCAUUCGGUACGCGAGUCCUUCCAACUGUUUUCCGAUCGCUACACCCGCCGACGGAUAGUGUCUGAUAUUCAAUUCUCACCACAUUUUAACGAACUACUACUGUCAUCAUAUACCAAAAACCCAUCAGCCCCGCAUGAGCCGGCCGGCCUAGUUCUGCUUUGGAAUUCCCACGCCCCUUCACGACCAGAGUAUACAUUCACCGCAUCCUCCGAUGUCCUAUCUGCUCGAUUUUCACCCUUUCAUCCGAACCUUGUCAUUGGAGGUUGCUAUUCCGGACAAAUCUGCCUGUGGGACACAAGAACAUCCGGUCGAACAGGCUUACCAGUACAAAAGACUCCGCAAUCCGGAUCACACCUCGGUCAUACCCACCCGGUCUAUAGCAUCAGCGUGGUUGGCACACCCAACGCGCACAAUAUUUUGACGGCCUCUAUGGAUGGGGUCGUCUGCUCAUGGUCUGUCGAUAUGCUGACACAGGCACAAGAGUAUCUUGUUCUUAAUACCCCGGCACCCGCCAAGACAGACGAUCUUGCUCCGACGAGUAUGAGCUUUCCCACAUCCGAUCCGACCUUCUUUGUGGUUGGGACAGAGGAAGGUAGCAUCUAUCCCUGCCAUAGAUACGACCGCGCUGGUGCACAAGCUGGUGUUGAUACCCGUCUGUUUUACCGUGGCCAUACAGCCCCAGUCAUGAGCUCGCAAUUCCAUCCUGCUAGAGGUCCUGUUGAUCUUGGCGAUUUGCUUCUGAGUUCUAGUUCAGACUGGUCGGUCAAGCUGUGGCGCAUCAAACCAUUGGCGAGUUCAAGCGCGGCAGCGGCAGCUUCUGCUGCUGGUAUUGGCUCUACAAUUGUCAAUCCUGUGCUUAAUCUGGCUCGAGAAGAUCUGGUCUACGACGCGAAAUGGGCACCACAUAAGCCUUCGGUAUUUGCGUGCGUCACUGGCGCUGGUGACCUCGAGGUAUUUGACCUGACGUAUGAUCUUGAAGUACCGAUUGCCAGGGGAACGCCAACCAGAGGAAAUAAUGGUGUCGUGCCAUUCAAGGGAUUAAACAAGGUUGCAUGGGAAGAGAAGAGAGGCAGCCAUAUCGCCGUGGGUGGUCUGGAUGGCAUCGUAACAGUCUUUGACGUUGGAAAGGGCUUACAGUGUGGCAACAACGAGACGAAAAUGGAAGAAUGGACAGCCAUGAAGAGACUGGUCACCAAACUUGAAGGCAGCAAGGCUUAGAACUUUGGAAGUGCAUUUUGCUUUUGUCGGCGUGGUAUUGGCGAUUCGGGAGUAAACAAAAAGUUGAGACCGGGCCUGUCUUGCCUUACAAAGGUUGGUUUAAGGCUGAUUGGAUCGCUUCUACGGAGUAGCUUUAUGAUACCCCCUUGAAUAUAUACUUGUUUUUGUAGCGUCCACAUGCUGAACAUGUUGUAAUUGUA